AUGAGACCGGAUUGGGGACUGCGCGGGUUAGACCCAGGGCGCAUCGCAGCCACUGACGCAGCGACCGUCAUUAGGCCCCCCGCAGUUUUUUGUCAAAAGCAUUGGCGCCGCUCUUCUCCCCGUCGGAAAAUCGGUCGGGAUGAGUUCGGCUUCGGAGACUGGGUGAGGAUCUGGGCGCCGCACUGUGGGCCAGCAGCGGCGGGUUUGCCCCUGGGGUGCCCCGGCGCCCGGAACGUUAAAUACGACAGGUGGAGAAGGCAGCGUUGCCAGGGGCCGGGCCGGGCACGAUCUGGCCAGAGCCUGGGGGGACGCAGGCCCAGGACUGGGGGAGAUAUUAGGAAGUGUGCUGUGCCCACCUGUCUCUCCGACACCCCCGCCCGGCGUAUCAGUUUAAAGGAUAAAGAUCGAUAUCUACAUGAUGGAUAUUGUAUUAAUAGGGACAUAAAUAAAGGCCGAAGAAUCGUUACCGAAACCUUUGAAGCCAUUUCCCGGCUCUUAGGCCCUCCACGCCGUCUCCCCCACCUCCCCGAGCACUUGCUUCCACCACCCGGCGUGGGGGUGGGGGAGUCUACGGUUUAA